AUGAUUAGUCAUAUGGAGCUUAUUGGUGAUGACAAGGUUGGUAUUCUCGACAAGAAAAUCGACGCUUUUGACCUAUGUCGUCAGAUUGCCCUUAGCAAGAAUGAUGACGAAAACGAUGAAGCUUUCAUGUUGGUCGAUUUAGACGUGGUUUUUGAAAGAUUCGCUCUGUGGAAACGUGAAUUACCAAUGGUUGAACCGUUCUACGCAGUAAAGUGCAACACGGAUCAAGUCCUACUUCGAACGUUGGCCGCUCUGGGAACGGGCUUCGACUGUGCCAGUCGGAACGAAAUCGAUAUUGUGAUGGGUAUGGGCGUGAACGCAGAACGAAUAAUUUAUGCAAAUCCUUGCAAGACUCGUUCGUUUAUAACUCAUGCGAAGGAAAGAAGUGUUAUGAUGAUGACAUUUGAUAAUUCUGAGGAGUUGGUCAAGGUCGCCAAGUUACAUCCGCAAGCUGAGAUGAUUCUACGAAUCGCCGUCUCCGACCCAACAGCCACCUGUCCUCUGAAUCUUAAAUUCGGAGCUGAUCCAGUGAAAGUCGCACCUCAGUUGCUAGUCGAAGCCAAACAGCUUCAUGUGAAUGUCGUAGGAGUCAGCUUUCACGUAGGUUCAGGAUGCAACGACCCAUCGGCAUUCCGUGAAGCUUUAGGUCAUGCUAGAGAUCUGUACGACAUUGGAGUGAGCUUGGGGUUCACUAUGAAACUCAUUGAUCUAGGUGGUGGAUAUCCGGGAACGCCAUACCAUAUAUCGUUUGAGAACAUUGCAGCAACUAUUCGCUCAUCGAUGGAUGAAUUUUUCCCUCAGGAACUAGGAGUGCGUUUCGUAGCCGAACCUGGAAGAUUUUUCGCUGCUUCUCCUUUUACUCUGGUAUGCAAUGUCAUUCAUGCUACGGAGGUGACGGCCGAAAAAAUCACCAAGGAUCGUAAGUUUCAUUUUCAUUCCUUGGUGAAACAUGGAAUUAUGUCACUAGAUGAGAAAGGACGAGCUGCGGAUGCCGAGAACCGAGGUUUCAUGUACUACAUCAACGACGGCGUAUAUGGUUCGUUCAAUUGUAUUCUUUUCGAUCACGUUAAUCCUGUAGGAAGGCCGCUUUUUGACGAAAUAGCUGAGGAGUAUCCUACCACUAUCUGGGGACCCACCUGCGAUAGCUUAGAUAAGAUUGAGGACCAAAAACAUAUGCGAAUGUUGUCCGUUGGUGACUGGAUUACCUAUCCUAAUAUGGGUGCUUACACUUGCUCAGCGUCCACAACUUUCAAUGGGUUCCAGAGGCCAACUGCGCUUUAUGUAGUCGGCAGAGAAAAUUGGUCGGUACUCAAGUUAUUCAGAUGA